AUGGCGCGGCAGAAUCAGAAAAAAAUAGAACAGAUCAAAGGAGACGAAUCUAUGAAGUUGUUUCCUUGUGUCUUCGGGUUGAAUAAUUCUUCUGGGAAUAGCACAAAGAGAUCGAAGCCUAAGAUUAUCUAUCUUCUUCUCUUCUCUCUUAUCUCAAGUUGCUUCGUCUUUGCUCCUCACCUCUUUUAUUUCCCUUACCCUUCUGCUCUGUGUCUCAUCGACGAGAGCAUAUUAUGUGACAGAGCCGGUUAUCGUUCAGACAUCUGUUUCAUGAAAGGCGACAUCAGAACACAUUCUCCUUCUUCCUCCAUCUUCCUCUACACCUCGAAUGAUCUCACCGCCAAUCAUGUCUUGCAAGAACAACAAAUCAAACCGUACACCAGAAAAUGGGAAACUAGUAUAAUGGAAACCAUCCCGGAGCUGAAGCUUGUGACAAAAGACGUGAAGCUUUUAGGCGGUAAGCGUAGCUGCCACGUCAUCCAUGAAGUACCCGCCGUGUUAUUCUCUACCGGAGGGUACACCGGAAACCUGUAUCAUGAGUUCAACGACGGGCUUAUCCCUUUGUAUAUAACAUCUAAACGUUUCAACAAAAAAGUUGUCUUUGUGAUUGCGGAGUAUCACAAGUGGUGGGAGAUGAAGUAUGCAGAUGUCCUCUCUCAGCUCUCUGAUUAUCCUCCUGUUGAUUUCACCAAAGACAAGAGAACUCACUGCUUCAAGGAAGCCAUUGUUGGUCUUAAAAUCCACGGCGAGUUAACAGUGGAUCCUUCACAGAUGCAAGAUGAUAGAGUAACCAUCAAUGAGUUCAGGAAUCUACUUGAUCGAGCUUAUAGACCCCGAAUCAACAGACUGGAGGAGCAUCGGUUCCACUCAAAAGCAGCAAAGAGAGGAAUGGCUAAGAGACCCAAACUAGCAUUGUUUUCAAGAACCGGGUCUCGAGCGAUAACAAACGAGGAUCUGAUGGUGAAACUGGCUCAAAGAAUCGGGUUUCAGGUCGAGGUUCUGAGACCCGACAGAACAACGGAACUGGCAAAGAUUUACAGAGUGCUGAACUCAAGCAAUGUCAUGGUUGGGGUACAUGGAGCAGCCAUGACCCAUUUUCUCUUCAUGAAACCUGGAAGUAUCUUUGUUCAAAUCAUUCCACUGGGGACAGAUUGGGCAUCAGAGACAUAUUAUGGAGAACCGGCAAAGAAGCUCGGUCUAGACUACAUUGGUUACAAGAUUCAUCCAAGAGAGAGCUCAUUGUAUGACAAAUAUAACAAAAACGAUCCUGUUCUAAGAGAUCCAAACAGCAUCACUCAAAAAGGAUGGCAAUUCACAAAGGAAGUAUACCUAACCAACCAGCAAGUGAGGUUAGAUCUCCGGAGGUUCAAGAAGAUUUUGAUUGAUGCUUAUGCAAAAUCGAUUAGCUGA